UCACUUUCCACCGCGCACUAACGCAGUGAGGACACAAUACGGACACAGUGCACGUCGUUAGAAAACGAGUCGACUUGAGGACUUACAUCGAAACGCGGGGGAAAGAAGCACCCAGAAAAUUGUACACUCUCUGACGACACGAAGAAGACAAAAAGCACGGGUUUUUAUUUCCUUUUAUUUUUUAAUGUCCCCUAGCCACGAAAGGGAAUGCCAUCUAUAAAUAUGAAACUGGAGAUGGUGACCAUCAUCGCCUGCGAGGUAGAUACAGAGGUGUUUACGUCCGACAAAAUGCAGGAACGUUUCGAGGCCUUGUUCAGGAGCUACGACGAGCAGACCACCUUCCAGAUGUUCAAGAGUUUCCGGAGAGUUCGCAUCACCUUCGGGACCCCGGAGGCGGCCGCGCGUGCACGCAGCGAACUGCAUGAGACAGAGUUCAACGGCCAGCAACUCGAGCUCUUCUUUGCUCAGGUCCAAAAUGGAGGCGAGGACGUGGACAAGGCGUACCUGGCGCCCCCCCAGCCCGUUAAGCAGUUCCUGAUCUCCCCCCCCGCCUCCCCCCCCGGGGGGUGGAGCCAGAGCGAAGACGCCACGCCCACCAUCAACUACGACCUGCUGUGUGCGGUGGCCAAGCUGGGACCCGGAGGGGAGAAGUACGAGCUGCACGCGGGCACCGAGUCCACCCCCAGCGUGGUCGUGCACGUGUGCGAGAGCGAGGCAGAGGAGGAGGCGGAGGCCCGGCCAAAGCAGAAGAUCGUCCAGACCCGACGUCCCGAAGGCGCUCCCAAUGUCUUGAACUAA